GGUAAUGGCUGAGCUGAGAAGCUCAUGAAGCUUACAUGAAAUAUCCUAUAGAUACUUCUACUGAUCAGUAGUAGCCCAGACGAAAUAAGUAUGUCAUAAGAUGGCAAUAGAUCUGGAAGUGAGUUGAUGCCAGAUUUGUUACUGUCUUGAUGGCUCUCACUCUGUCACUAAACCAAAGCCAUCUUUCUACGAAAGCAAUAAAAGGGAUGGUGCACAAUCUGACUACAGAAUGCUAUUUUCAAAGAAGUGAACUGUGAAGAAAGGACUCAUGAAUUUUGAUCACAGGGGCUUGGAGAGCAUCUCUGAUGUCUGCUCCAGUGAGGACCUUCCUGAGGUGGAGCUAGUGAGCAUGCUAGAAGAACAGUUGCCAGAUUACAAGUUACGAGUGGACUCUCUGUAUCUGUAUGAAAAUCAAGACUGGAUUCGGUCCCCUGCCUGCCAUGGCCAUCUUCCUGAAAUCACUUCUCCAGUUCAUGAUGAGGAGCCCUUCCGUUACAUGAUUCUUGGCACGGAUAAUGUGGAGCAGAAAACUUACAGCGAUGCUGACAUGGUCAAACAUCUGUUAGCUGAGAAGGAUCGGGACCUGGAACUGGCAGCUCGAAUUGGACAAGCCCUCCUUAAGCGAAACCAUCUGUUGACGGAACAGAAUGAAGCACUAGAAGAACAGUUAGGACAAACUCUAGAUCGAGUUAACCAGCUGCAGCAUGAACUGUCAAAGAAAGAUGACCUGCUUCGUAUUGUUUCGAUAGCUUCCGAGGAGAGUGAAACAGAUUCCAGCUGUUCCACACCACUUCGUUUCCAUGAGUCUUUCAAUGUAUCACACGAUCUGUUGCAGUUGGAUGUUUUGCAAGAUAAACUCAGGGAGCUAGAAGAGGAGAACCUUGCUCUCCGAUCAAAGGCUUGCCAUCUGAAGACUGAAACCAUUACAUAUGAAGAGAAGGAACAGCAGCUGGUCAAUGACUGUGUCAAAGAGCUCCGGCAAACAAAUGCUCAAAUUUCCAGAAUAACAGAGGAGUUAUCAGAGAAGAGUGAGGAGUUGGUUCGCUACCAGGAAGAGAUCUCAUCCCUCUUGUCUCAGAUUGUUGAUCUUCAACAUAAGCUCAAAGAACAUGUGAUUGAAAAGGAGGAGCUGAAACUUCACUUACAAGCUUCCAAAGAUGCUCAGAGACAACUGACAGCAGAGCUACAUGAGUUGCAAGAUCGGAAUGCAGAGUGUCUAGGGAUGUUGCAUGAAUCACAAGAAGAAGUGAAGUUGCUGCGCAGCAGAGCCAGCUCUGUUUCUUGUCUCUGCCACCCCAAGUCAUGUGGAGCGUUUCCUGUGGAUUCCCUUGCAGCAGAAAUUGAAGGGACAAUGCGGAAGGAAUUGAGUCAGGGUGAUGAAUCUGUUCUCUCCAAGCACAAGGGUCAACAGAAACGAGUAUUUGACACUGUCAAGGUUGCUAAUGUCACUCGUGGCCGCUCCUCUUCCUUUCCUGCCCCAUUGCCAAUCCCUGGAUCUAAUCGGUCAAGUGUUGUUAUGACAGCAAAGCCCUUCCAGUCUGGUGUACACCAGUUGGAGAGCCACACAUGGAUGACCCAGAGGAGCAGCCCUGAGAAGAAUUUGAAAGACAUUCAUAAUCCUGACCAGCAGGGAACCCCUGGAGACAAUGACUUAGUCACAGCUCUGCACAGGCUCUCCCUCCGUCACCAGAACUACCUGAGUGAGAAGCAGUUCUUUGAGGAGGAAUGGGAGCGAAAAAUGCAUAUACUGGCUGAACAGAAAGAAGGGGCUAGUGGCUGUAGUACACCAACAGAAAGCCAUUUUUCCCUGGGUACAAACUCAGAAUUCACUGAUCUCUCUGCCAGCUCUGGUAAUCUCCGUGUCCUCCUACCAGAAAAACUGCAAAUUGUCAAACCCAUUGAAGGAUCUCAGACCCUUUUUCACUGGCAGCAACUUGCUCGACCCAACCUAGGCACCAUUCUUGAUCCACGACCAGGUGUUGUUACAAAAGGUUUUACCCCUCUGUCUGAUGAUACUGUGUACCACAUCUCUGACUUGGAGGAGGAUGACGAGGAAGAAGGUGGAGGUAUAACAUUUAAAGUGAAACAGUCCUUCCCGGAGGAAAAGAAACGUACAGUGGCAAAGCCCAUGGCAGGGAUUUUCCUGCCACCUAUUACUUCAUCGGCAGUACCACUCACCGUUGCAGCCUCAAAUCCAGGGAAGUGUCUGUCUUCCACAAAUUCCACGUUUACCUUUACUACCUGUAGGAUCCUUCACCCAUCUGAUGUCACUCAAGUUACUCCCAGCUCCAUGAGUGCCCCAUUUUCAUUUGGAAAUACUGGCAGCAGUAUUGGAAACCCAGUAAUCAGCACUCCAGCCAUGUCUUACAGGCUCAGUAUUGGAGAAUUUCUCACCAACAGAAGAGAUUCAACUACUACCUUCAGCAGCACGAGCACUCUGGCUAAACUUUUGCAAGAACGAGGCAUCUCUGCCAAGGUUUACGAUAGCCCUGUAUUAGAAAAACUGCCUUUGCUACAGCCCCCUCGAAUUCUCCCCAUUCCUUCUACUCCACCAAAUUCUCCUUUGCGUUCACCUUGUCCUUCCCCUCCACUGUUUGAGCCUCGAGUGCAUCACUCGGAAAAUUUCCUGGCUUCUCGACCAGCAGAAACAUUCUUGCAAGAGAUGUAUGGCCUAAAGCCCUCCCGUAAUGCUCCAGAUAUAGGCCAGCUGAAGAUGAACCUAGUAGACAGACUGAAGAGGCUUGGUAUUGCCAGGGUGGUCAAGCCCCCUGAGACACAGGGCCACAGGAAGAGUCAGGGGCCAGAGGUUAGCUUGCGGAGGCAGGACUCUGCUGUGUUUUUAAAUGCAGGUAGCAACUUAAUGGCAGGACUGAGAAGAAACCAGAGUCUUCCAGCCAUGAUUGGAGCAUUGGGAGCUCCAGUUUGCACACAGUCAUCAAAAAUGGAUAUCCUAAAGGAGGACUGACUGAUCUGAAAAAUGGUUGACUUCUAGCAUAGUACAUAAUACAUGAGGGAUAAACAUCCAGUACAGGCAUUGUUAGAGCUCCUGAAGCACACAGAGGAAGGUGCAAUGAAUAAGAAUUAAGAAACAGGAAA